AUGGGCGUAAAAGCAGAAGUACAAAAUGAAGCGUUAUCUUCGCCCAGGCCCAUAAUAGUUCAAGUACAUAUAAACAGUGGAUUUAAACUUUGGAUCGAAGGAUAUGGCUAUACAGAGUGCAAAAGCGCCAGAGAGGGCGAAAAGGCUCUUUUCGCGGCUUUCAAGGGGCUGAUCGUGAAGCAGCUCCAAAAUGGAAAAAGUGUUGAUGGUAAUUUAUUAGCCGUCGAUAAUUGUGAUCGUGAUGGUGAUGGAGUGGCUCUUAUCUUCCUGGGAAUCUGCUGCUCCAGUGCCGUCCGCAAUGCAAUGAGCUUGAUCCAGCCCUCCGAUCCUCCCUGCCAAGUAUGCUCCCAAUCCCUUUCUAUCUAUCCUGAUCAUAACCCUAAUUGCAGGUGUAAUACAUCUUUGCUUAUAGAUUACUGUUCGAGCAAUGGUAUACAUAAUUAUAUUAUAAUUGAUGUUGGGAAGACAUUUAGGGAGCAAGUUCUUCGAUGGUUUACUUUCCACAAGAUUCCUCGAAUCGAUUCCGUUCAUGGCAAUGUUUGUUUGGCAAGCAUUGUUGUAACACAGACCUUGGACUGGAAGCUACAUGCUUUUGAUGUUCUAUCUGAGUAUGACGGGACCAAUGGAACUGCUACAAGACCAAUGCUGCAAUAUGAAUGGCUUGUUGGAUCACAAUACAAGCCAAUGGAGCUGGCAAAGUCUGACUGGUACACGAUCAGAAAAUCUCCACCAUGGGCUAUUGAUUCUUGGGGUUUGGGAUGUUUCAUUUAUGAGAUUUUCUCCGGCUUGAAGUUGGUAAAAACUUAGGAGCUGCGCAACAUUGCUUCUAUACCAAAGGUUUGUAGCUCUCGUUAUGAUGAUUGCAUUCUAGAUCCUUGAAGUUAUGACAAAUGCUCUAGUAGCUGUUGGGAUCCAAGUGGCCAUCCUCCAAUUUCUAGCUUCAAGUGACAAAUUCACCAUCAACACAAUCACCUUCAACUCAAGAUUUGGAUUGAAAGCUUGAAGAUAAGAUUUCGAUGACUACUUAUUUCAUAGUUCUGGUACUCUUUGUUUUUUAAACAAUAUUAUUUCUAUAUAAUUUUAAAGUAGACUUUAGAGAAUGUAUUACAUUUAAAAAUCAAUUCAAAGAUUUGGUGGAUUUGCAAGAACACUACAUUAGAUUAUUCUACAAAAAUGACUGUGAUGAUUUUGUUUUAUAUAUAAGGUUUAAUUACAUUAAUUGUAUCACCAAUACUGUGACGAUUUACCUUUUGUCAUUAACAUAUCAGAUUUUUAUCAUUUAUUUUGUGACGAUUAUAACCUUCAAUGACUUUUUUACAUAAAUAGCUAACGAAAACUAACGUCAUAAAAAAUGCAUAAAGUGAUAUUUGAUUUUAUUGUAACGUUUGACAUUAUCUUACAAUCAUUGGUGAUAAUUGUGUUAUCAAUACUUUGAUGAUUUACCUUUCUUCAUUAAUAUAUAAGAUUUUAUCAUUUAUUUUGUGACGAUUAUAGUCUUAAAUAAUUGACGAAAAUUAACGUCACAAAAAAUAAAGAGCAUAAAGUGACGUUUGAUUUUAUUAUGACGGUAAAUUUACAAUAAGUGACAAUAUUUUGGUAUUGUCACAUUAGACUUUCAGCUACAGUACAAAUGUCGUGAUGUUUAAUUUUUUGUUAUAGAAUAUAUAUAGUGACGAAAAAUAAAUAUUUAGUGAUAUUAUUCAAUGCACCACUAAUAACAAAAUUUGUUGUAGUGGUUAUAGAAUUUGGGUCUAAUCACACUCAUAAUUACUUUAAUGAAUAGAUUGUAUGAUCAUCGAUUUAUGUAUUUUUUUUGCAUAGUCAAUUGAAUAAUAAUCAAGUAUAUGAAAACUAGUUUUUAUUAUCAAUAGGGAGUUGUUAUUCAUGAAUUGAUGACAAUGUAUGAGAAGUAAACAUAAAUUAAAAUUUCAUACUACGGUUAUGAAAAACGUAUUUAGUUAAUCUUUUUGAUAAAGAUCAAUAGCUUAUAACUAAGGAUGAAUGAUUAUCAUAAUAAAUUCAUCAAAUAAAGAUUAUAAAACUGAGAGCCACCAUGACCUGAUGAUACCACAAUCUUAAAGGGAUUUCAAAUUAAGAUAGUAAAACAAGUCUUUAUAUAGGAUGUGAGAUAACUUGUUUUAGUAUCAUAUAAGAAGUAUUUAAAAGAAGUUUUGAAUAAAAAUUUUUAUUAAAAAUGAAAAGUUCACAUGCAUGAGAAACAAUGGGAGAUUAAUAAAAUUUUAAAAAGUUAAAGUACAUGUUUGAAACCUAAUGCAUAAAAAGUAUUAAUGUAUAAAAAUUCAAAAGUUUAGUAGGAUGCAUUGUGGUGCAAUAACCAUAGAUGAUUAGUCUAUUAAAAAAAUACGACACGUUGGAAUUUAAUAUCUAAUUUUUUAUUAAAAAGUUCAAAUGAGUUGAAUUUAUUAAAAUUAAAAUCAGAUAUCAUUUGUGCAUAUUAAAAUCAAGUGGGAAUAAUAUGUUAUUCAUGAAAGGAAUGUAUGAAAUGCAUAGACCAUGGAAUUAGGCUAUCAUAAGUGAAUCUAAAAUGGAUCACCAAGAACAUGUUAAAAGAGUUUAACAUUAAAGUGACACAAAAACCAUGAUUGAAAGGCAAUAGCUUGAAAGUGUUCAAAAGGGAUUUAGAUCAAAUACAAAUCGUUUUGUUUCAAGGCUAUAAAAGGAUACAUAUUUAAAUUAUUAGCCUUUGAGCAAGAUCAGAUUCCAUCAUUGUUAGAGUGACAGUAGAGCCAUUACAAAGAGAAUCUGAGUCUCAUUAUGAUUUAAAUGAGUAUUAUAAUUUGAUAAUAAAGAUUAUCAAAAGUAUAACCAAACAUAAUCCCAAAAGGUUGCAUUAAAGCAAUCUUGGUAGAGAUACAAUUGCCAAGCAAAAGAGUUUGAUAUUGAAUAUGUUAAUAAUUGGCUUAAAAGCAAGUGAAAGAUUGUUAGUAUAUGUGUUCCGAAGCCAAUUGGUUGGCUAAAAGGACAUAUAUCAUAGUUGCACCCAUAUUUCUAUGUAUUAGUGAUUAAAGGAUUUCUUUAUCAAUGAGCAAAAGAAUAAAGAGUUGUUAUAUGCUUAUUGGAUGAAACCCUUAAAACACAAUGGCUUUGAAAAUGAGCUAUAAAGAGUUAUAAUGAUUAGAUUUUUAUGCAUCAAAGUCCAUUACAUAAAUUGUUCUUGGCUACUGUAUUUUUGAAACACAACAUUAAUAAUGCUCAAAGAUUGCUACAUAUUAAGCCUCCUUACCUGUGAAGUAAGUAAUCAAUCGAUCUCAUAGUUUAAAGUACAUGAAUACUUGGAGAUAGCAUGUGAGUGUUUGUUGGAGAAUAAGUUCAUUAAACAUGACCUGCUAUGAUAACUCUAUUUAGUAUCUCACUUAAGUGUUUGAAAACAUUCUCUUGUGUCACUCAUGUAAGUAAUCCUUUAACUUGUAACACCUAGUCAUAUUGUAUGUGAAUUAUCAUACUUUAAUUUCAUCUCUAUAAGUCAAGGUGCCUGAUGCCUAAAAAGGAUGCUUUUGGAUAUGGUAUAAGGCAUACAUAGAUGGAUGAGUGGUUUAAAGAGAAUUCAUCACUUCAAGUGAUAUAAAGGUACAUAACUGAUUUGUUCUUGGCUUCAAUUAACUUAAUAAAAGUGUUUGGUCAAAGCAUGAUGAUGAAUUUAGAAGAAAUAGUUUCUUGCUAAAUUAAUACAUGUUAACUGUAAGUUGUAAGAAAUAGCAUGAAAAAAUCUCAUAGGUAGACAUUGCACCAUCCUCGUGGUCUUUUUAGGAUAUAUGAUGAAGGGACCAAAUUACACUGAUAGACUAAAUACUGAAAGGUUAGGUUGAGACUAUCUUAACUCUCCAAUAUUUGGAUGGUUGUGAUACAUUGUGUGAUGCUGUUUAUGAUCUAUGAAUAUAAGUUGGUUAUCCUUACUAAUUGGAUUUAUAUUUAUUGCAAAUAAAUUGGAAGCCUAUUGGGUCACACAUAUAGACACCUUAUUUUGUUGAGAAAUUUUUUGGGAUCAAAACAGGUUUCGAUCAUAAAUUGAGCCUUAAUACAAAAAUAUUAGGUCGAAGGAUUAAAAGCCUUAAAUUUAUGGUUUUGGUUUAAUUUUGGUUUUAAUGUUAAUUUUAGUUUUAAUUCUAAUUUUAAUUUUGAUUUUGAUUUUAAAUUUAUUUUUAGUAAGGUCAAAGUAAAUAAAAAAAGUCAAAAAACUAAAAAAGAAAACGUGGGAUUUUAUUUUGCAAAUGGUAUGUUCUAGAUUGUUUUAAAUUCGAUUUUUAGAUUUUGAAAUUUAUUGAUUUAUUAUGCAUGGAAAUACUUGGGUUUCAAUUCACUGACAAAAAGGAAAAUCAUAGAAAUCCUAGAUUUAGUAGGAUUUAAACCCUUCCAAAUCGAAAAGGAUUAGAUCUCGAUAAAAGAACACCUACCUAGUAAUCAAGCAAGAGCAAGGAAGCAAUACACAAUCCAAAAGCAAUUACAUAGAAAAAUAGUAGUUAAACAAUUUUUCUACUUUGAUCUUAAGUUUUGGAAUUCGGUUUUUGAAAAUUGUUUUGGGUUUUAAUCCUCUUGGUUUUGGUUU